CUGGAAGAGCGGCGCCAUGAGUCUCUCGCAGCCUCGUUUGUCCAGGAAGGUUCUGGCUUUGCACGAUGAAGCUACUGUGCCAGCUGAAGACGACACUUCAUUCCUUCCGCAUCGGAUGAGCGCCUCGGCGGGCGCGCGCAGCGGCGCCACGCGGCCCGCGCGGGGGCGGCGCUCGCGGCCGCAGUCGGCGCCGUCGCGGCCCACGCGGCCGAUGGACUGGGAGGAGUUCUUGCGGAGGCAGACUGCAAAUGAAGGACUGGUCAGAAGAUCUUUGCAUGCAAGCGUGCGUCGUGCCUGUCUCGAGCAGAAGCAUAUCACGAAGAAUGCGCUGAGUGGAAACCAGGGAAGACGUGGCUUUUGCGAUUUUUUGAGGAGGCAAUAUGGCACUGUGCUGGCUGGAUGGCGGACUAUGGACCUGGACCAGAAAGGCUACCUGUGCUUUCAGGAAUUCUGCCAAAGUUGCAGGGAGAUGCUCUUUGAUGGCGACGUGCGAAGCCUGUGGCGCGAGUUAGCAUGUCAGCGGGACUUCAUCACUUUGAAGGAGGUGUGUCCCGAAGUGGCCCGGCACGUCUGUGCGAUGAAGAAGGUCAUUCUCCAACUCUACGGCAACAUGAUGACCGGAUGGUGGAAGUCUUUGGAUCGUGAUCGCAAGGGCUUCGUUACGGAGCCCGAAUUUGUCGCCGCCAUUCGUCUCCUCCAGAAGAAGGCCCCGGAGUACAAGGCCGAGCCUCAUGAGCUCUUUCGAAUGUUUGUUCCCAGCGGUGCCAGCAAGCUGUCGCUGGCCGAGUUUGACCCGCGGACCUGGUCGAAGAUCUGCUCCGGUGAGCUGCGCCGGGAGAAGCCGCAGAACGUGGAGACCUGGAGGCGCCUGUCGGCCAAGUGCACGCGCUAUUGUCCCUACCGGCCCUACCGGCCUGAGGAGCAGGUGAGGGAGGAAAGGCUCAAUGGGAAUUUGUUCAAAGAGUGAGUAUCUAAUAGUUAGAAUGGGCCUUGCCCAUCUUCCAACCCUGAACCCCAAACCUCAC